UACAAAUCGUCGUCAGAUAUGAAAGAAACUUGGUUGUUGUGGGUGGCGUUGUUGCUGUGGGCUGCACUGGUGGCAGCUCAACAUCACCAUUUAGUACAGAACCUUGGAGGUAAUGCGCCAAGAGACUUCAACUUCGAUCAAUUUCAUUUUAUAGCUGUGCCUGAUCCCGAGAGCAUACACAAAAUAGGAGCUGUACGGACGCCCAUCAUAAACUUUGAACAACCCAGGUCAUUGCUGCAUAGAUUAGUGGUUCCACAGUCUAAUCAAUUUCAUACAGUACGUUCAAACAAUUUGAAGGCCUCAGGUAGUGCAAACAAUGUUUUUCAAAGAGAAAACCAACGUGGAAAUGAAGUACAUGGCCAUGGUCAGUUUUUUGGUAAUAGGUUCAUUACAUCGAACUUAACCCCAGGAAGUAAAUUACAGAUCGUUCCUGGCGAUACUGUGUUUAUCCCUGGUGCAGUGAACAAAGACCACUUCUUGUUAACUGGGUCCAUCGGCAAUAGAGACAGCAAGGGGACGUCACGUUUCCAGACACAUUCAGUGAAGGAUAACAAACAAAACAUCAUUACUCAAGAAGCUCAAUUGCAAGGGUCACCACAAGACUCGAGCUCGGCUACUCUCCCUCCUGCAGGAAUUAGCGCACAAGUUCUCCCAAUUCCCGAGGCCUUAAUUGGAGUUGCCCCAUCUGAUUCUGGCUCAAGUUCAUCUGUUAAUCGAUUUGGUGCAAUUUCAAUAAACCAAAAUACUUUGACAAACACAUUCCCAAUUAAAUCAGCAACAUUUAAUGCCAAUACAGAUAGUGGGACUUUUACAAAUGUAGAAUCUACAUCCAAAGCUGAAACCAAGCAAGUUGAAAAUAGGGAAAGGUUGAGUCAGGUACCAGCUGGUCAUCUCCAGUCACUACUUGUCCCAGGAACCUUGGCAAACUUCGCUGCAGUUGGCACGCCUGUCUUUCAAAAUGGAGAUUCUGCCUCAAAUGCGGAAGCACGAAGUAAUGCUGCUGCACAAAGUAAUACUGCUGCACAAAGUAAUGUUGUGGCAAAAAGUAAUGCUGCUGCACAAAGUAAUACUGCAGCACAAAGUAAUGUUGUGGCACAAAGUAAUGCUGCAGCACUCAGUAAUGUUGCAGCACACAGUAAUGCUGUAGCACAAAGUAAUGCUGUGGCACAAAGUAAUACUGCAGCACAAAGUAAUGUUGUGACACAAAGUAAUGCUGCAGCACUCAGUAAUGUUGCAGCACUCAGUAAUGCUGUAGCACAAAGUAAUGCUGUGGCACAAAGUAAUACUGCAGCACAAAGUAAUGUUGUGGCACAAAGUAAUACUGCAGCACAAAGUAAUGCUGUGGCACAAAGUAAUACUGCAGCACAAAGUAAUGUUGUGGCACAAAGUAAUACUGCAGCACAAAGUAAUGCUGUGGCACAAAGUAAUACUGCAGCACAAAGUAAUGUUGUGACACAAAGUAAUGCUGCAGCACUCAGUAAUGUUGCAGCACUCAGUAAUGCUGUGACACAAAGUAAUGCUGUGGCACAAAGUAAUACUGCAGCACUAAGUAGCACUGGGACACUCAGUAAUGCUGUGGCACAAAGUAAUGCUGUGGCAGAAAGUAAUGCUGCAGCACUAAGUAGCACUGGGACACUCAGUAAUGCUGUGGCACAAAGUAAUGCUGCAUCAUUAAGUAAUGCUGCAGCACAGAGUAGGACUGUGGCACUGAGCAGAACGUCGGGAGUCACACAAAAUGUUCUGGCACAACAAUCAACAGGUACUACAUCCAGGGUAAGUUCAGUAAAUAGAGGGUCGCAAGUGCAAACACAAGUACCCUCCACUCAGACCAUCAUAUCACCCUUCAGACAGCAUCUGCCACAACCAAUAAUUAAUCUUCAAAAUACAGGAAAUUUUGCUGCCACCCUGCUAGGAAAACCUGUGAAUCCAUUUGCAAUAGGUCGCUCAUCUAAGAGAACUGGGACAAGGACACCAUUCGGCACAUCGACCUCAUUUGGUUCCUCGGCUGUCAGUGGCUCCUUGGGUGUCAGUGGCUCCUCUACAGCCAGUGGCUUCUCUACAGCCAGUGGCUCCUCUACUGCCAGUCGCUCCUCCACUGCCAGCAGUGGCUCCAUUGCUGCCAGCAGUGGCUUCAUUUCUGCCAGCAGUGGAUCCAUUGCUUCCAGCAGUGGCUCCUCUACUGCCAGUAGUGGCUCCUCUACUGCCAGUAGUGGCUCCUCUACUGCCAGUGGCUCCUCUACUGCCAGCAGUGGAUCCUCUGCCAGCCGUUCCUCUGCUAACACUGGCUUCUCUACUGCAGGCAGUUCCACUACUGCCAGUGGCUCCUCUACUGCCAGCAGUGGAUCCUCUGUCAGCCGUUCCUCUGCUUCCACCAGUGGCUCCUUUACUGUCGGCAGUUCCUCCUCUGAUGCCAUCAGAUCCUCUCAUGCCAUUGGCUCCUCUCAUGCCAUUGGCUCCUCUCAUGCCAUUGGCUCCUCUCAAGCCAUUGACGCCAUUGGCUCCUCUCAUGCCAUCGACCUUGCUUCUGGCACUGGUUUCUCUAUUGACAAAUUCUCUGACAUUGGCUCAUCUGGCACCACAGGAUUCACUGCUGGUGAUCUCUUCUCCAACACUGGCUCAUCUGGCACCACAGAAUUCACUGCUGGUGAUCUCUUCUCCAACACUGGCUCAUCUGGCACCACAGGAUUCACUGCUGGUGAUCUCUUCUCCAACACUGGCUCAUCUGGCACCACAGUAUUCACUGCUGGUGAUCUCUUCUCCAACACUGGCUCAUCUGGCACCACAGGAUUCACUGCUGGUGAUCUCUUCUCCAACACUGGCUCAUCUGGCACCACAGAAUUCACUGCUGGUGAUCUCUUCUCCAACACUGGCUCAUCUGGCACCACAGGAUUCACUGCUGGUGAUCUCUUCUCCAACACUGGCUCAUCUGGCACCACAGUAUUCACUGCUGGUGGUCUCUCUUCCAUCACUGGCUCAUCUGGCACCACAGGAUUCACUGCUGGUGAUCUCUCCUCCAACACUGGCUCCUCUGCCAGCCGUUCCUCUGCUAACACUGGCUCCUCUACUGCAGGCAGUUCCACUACUGCCAGUGGCUCCUCUACUGCCAGUAGUGGCUCCUCUACUGCCAGUAGUGGCUCCUCUACUGCCAGUAGUGGCUUCUCUACUGCCAGUAGUGGCUCCUCUACUGCCAGUGGCUCCUCUACUGCCAGCAGUGGAUCCUCUGUCAAUCGUUCCUCUGCUUCCACCAGUGGCUCCUUUACUGUCGGCAGUUCCUCCUCUGAUACCAUUGACUCCAUUCACGCCAUUGGCUCCUCUCAAGCCAUUGACUCCAUUGGCUCCUCUCAUGCCACUGGCUCCUCUCAAGCCUUUGACUCCAUUGGCUCCUCUCAUGCCAUUGGCUCCUCUCAAACCAUUGACUCCAUUGGCUCCUCUCAUGCCAUUGAUGCCAUUGGCUCCUCUCAUGCCACUGGCUCCUCUCAUGCCAUUGGCUCCUCUCAUGCCACUGGCUCCUCUCAUGCCAUUGGCUCCUCUCAUGCCACUGGCUCCUCUCAUGCCAUUGGCUCCUCUCAUGCCACUGGCUCCUCUCAUGCCAUUGGCUCCUCUCAAGCCAUUGACUCCAUUGGCUCCUCUCAUGCCAUCGACCUUGCUUCUGGCACUGGUUUCAUUAUUGACAAAUUCUCUGACAUCGGCUCAUCUGCUAACACUGGCUCCUCUACUGCAGGCAGUUCCACUACUGCCAGUGGCUCCUCUACUGCCAGCAGUGGAUCCUCUGUCAAUCGUUCCUCUGCUAACACUGGCUCCUCUACUGCAGGCAGUUCCACUACUGCCAGUGGCUCCUCUACUGCCAGCAGUGGAUCCUCUGUCAAUCGUUCCUCUGCUUCCACCAGUGGCUCCUUUACUGUCGGCAGUUCCUCCUCUGAUGCCAUCAGAUCCUCUCAUGCCAUUGGCUCCUCUCAUGCCAUUGACUCCUCUCAAGCCAUUGACGCCAUUGGCUCCUCUCAUGCCAUCGACCUUGCUUCUGGCACUGGUUUCUCUAUUGACAAAUUCUCUGACAUUGGCUCAUCUGGCACCACAGGAUUCACUGCUGGUGAUCUCUUCUCCAACACUGGCUCAUCUGGCACCACAGUAUUCACUGCUGGUGGUCUCUCCUCCAACACUGGCUCAUCUGGCACCUCAGUAUUCACUGCUGGUGGUCUCUCCUCCAUCACUGGCUCAUCUGGCACCACAGGAUUCACUGCUGGUGAUCUCUCUUCCAUCACUGGCUCAUCUGGCACCACAGGAUUCACUGCUGGUGAUCUCUCCUCCAACACUGGCUCAUCUGGCACCUCAGUAUUCACUGCUGGUGGUCUCUCCUCCAUCACUGGCUCAUCUGGCACCACAGGAUUCACUGCUGGUGAUCUCUUCUCCAACACUGGCUCAUCUGGCACCACAGUAUUCACUGCUGGUGGUCUCUCUUCCAUCACUGGCUCAUCUGGCACCACAGGAUUCACUGCUGGUGAUCUCUCCUCCAACACUGGCUCCUCUGCCAGCCGUUCCUCUGCUAACACUGGCUCCUCUACUGCAGGCAGUUCCACUACUGCCAGUGGCUCCUCUACUGCCAGUAGUGGCUCCUCUACUGCCAGUAGUGGCUCCUCUACUGCCAGUAGUGGCUUCUCUACUGCCAGUAGUGGCUCCUCUACUGCCAGUGGCUCCUCUACUGCCAGCAGUGGAUCCUCUGUCAAUCGUUCCUCUGCUUCCACCAGUGGCUCCUUUACUGUCGGCAGUUCCUCCUCUGAUACCAUUGACUCCAUUCACGCCAUUGGCUCCUCUCAAGCCAUUGACUCCAUUGGCUCCUCUCAUGCCACUGGCUCCUCUCAAGCCUUUGACUCCAUUGGCUCCUCUCAUGCCAUUGGCUCCUCUCAAACCAUUGACUCCAUUGGCUCCUCUCAUGCCAUUGGCUCCUCUCAAGCCAUUGACUCCAUUCACGCCAUCAGCUCCUCUCAAGCCACAGACUCCAUUGGCUCCUCUCAUGCCACUGGCUCCUCUCAUGCCAUUGGCUCCUCUCAUGCCAUUGACUCCUCUCAAGCCAUUGACGCCAUUGGCUCCUCUCAUGCCAUCGACCUUGCUUCUGGCACUGGUUUCUCUAUUGACAAAUUCUCUGACAUUGGCUCAUCUGGCACCACAGGAUUCACUGCUGGUGAUCUCUUCUCCAACACUGGCUCAUCUGGCACCACAGUAUUCACUGCUGGUGGUCUCUCCUCCAUCACUGGCUCAUCUGGCACCACAGGAUUCAAUGCUGGUGAUCUCUCCUCCAUCACUGGCUCUUUUGCUGCAGUUGACUCCUCUAUCAACCGCUCCUCUGCUCCCAGCAGUUUCUCCUCCACAGACAGCAGCGACUCCUCUACUGCCAGCAGUUCCUCCUCUGCUAUCACUGGCUUAUCUGCUGCCAGCAGUGGCUCCUCCUCUGAUGCCAGUGGUGCCUCUCAUGCCAUUGGCUCCUCUCAUUCCAGUGGCUCCUCUCAUGCCUUCGGCUCUGCUACUGGCACUGGUUUCACUGCUGAUGGUUUCUCCUCCAUCACUGGCUUAUCUGCUGCCAGUGGCUCCUCUACUAGCAGCGGCUCUUCUGUCACCAGCUCUUCCUCCACUACCUUUGGAUCGAGUACUGAAGGUACCCAAAGGGUAGUUUCCCUAGGUUCCACAAUCGGCUCUGGACAAGAGGGUGUAGUUCUGUUAGGUACACAAACAAUAGGAGAUGGUUCAGUACAUAUUGGAGAUCAUGUUUCUGUAAGCCAUGAUGCAGCAUCUGGAGGAUCAUCCUUCACUUCCUCGACACAAGCUGGCACUCAAGGAGUUAAUACUGUUGACCUUGCUGGUACUGAAGGGUCAGUAGUAACUGACACACAGAAUCCUGUACAAUUUGGAAGUCGCUCUGGCAGUGUACAAGAUAUUUUGCCAACUGCAAUUCCUUUGGUGCAAGAUGUAAAGUCAGUUACAAGUAAAGCAACUAAUAUUCCAGAGGUUCAUUCCAGCACUGGUGGAGACAACUUUGAGAAGAUUUCAUUUAUAUCAUCUGGGAAAGGUGCAGAUGCAGUUGGUAGCAGCCAAGGAAUCAUCAGCACCUUCCAGACAAACAUUAAUAAAGGCAAGGAAGCAAGUUUAAAACAGACAGUUGGACCACCUGCUACAGUAACAACAUUUAAACAACCUCUACUAGUCUCACAAACGUUUGAAUCCACCGGGACUUCCGCAUCAUCUUCAUCAUCAAAAACUGGACACUUGGUGCAAGGAACAAGUGGAGUGAAGAGUGCUGUUCAAAAGUUAGCUGCAGCAGUAGAAUCUAAUGUAAAUGAAGCACAUCACUCUUCAAACAAUGGACAAAAUAUAUUACACCAUUUAAAUCAGAGAUUCCUACUUGCCUUGCCUCUGGCGUCUCUAAUUUCAAACUCAACACUUAACUCAUUGACCCAAAGUAAUGCACAUGUUACUGUUGAAGCUGCCGCUAAGCGUCUGUUCCCAGACUUUACUAUCAUCACUAACCCCACGCAACUGACCAAUUUGUUAACUGGAACAAGUCAGAGUCAGACUGUCAAUAGUGGAACUCGCAGCACCACUAGUGGCUCUUCCAGUGCUACCACUGGUUCCUCCAGCACCACUGGUUUUACUACUGACCUCUUUUCCACCACCGGCUCCUCUGCUGCCACUGGUUUCACUGCUGGCCAAUCCUCUGGUUCCUCAACUGCCUUUGGAUCCUCUGCUGCUACUGACUCCUCCGGUGUCACUGAUUUCUCUGUUGGCCAUUCUGUUGACAUUGGCCCUUCUGGCACCUCUGGUUUCUUUUCUACCACUGGCUCUUCUAUUGCCAACCUCCCAAGGAUUGUUUCAGUUGUGUCUCCCUCAGGGUCUUUAACAUUCGUGCCGGCUGAACAAGUACGGCUCGGACUAUCUCCAGCACUGGGCACUCCUCUGAUCUUCCCUGAGACGAGAUCUACAUCAGCAGUUGCAGGAAAAAGUUCAUCAGUAACAACCAUAUCAAAACCACCCAUUCUCUCUAAGUUAGGAAAUAAUUUAAAGAGAGAAUCCCUACCUAUUUCACAGUGAAGAAAAAGUAGCAUUAUAUAGUUUCCUUUAAGUAGCACUAGCUUGCAAAACUUAAGUUUUAAGUUGUUAAUUUUCAUGUUGACACAUUUUUCUAUCACAAGCAUUCACUGUACAGUUGCAUUUUGCAUGUACACUAUGCGAAUAUCUGUAGUUUCAAUUUAUUUAGUCAUAUUUAUGUACACUAUACAGUCCUUUAGAAUAUGGUAACUGUAUUUUUCCUGUUAUAUUUUAUUUAUAUGCAAUAAAUACAAAAUAUUUAUCAUGUUUAA